UAUAAAAAAUCUAAAAUUUAUAUAAUAAUAUCCAUGUCUAAGAUAUAUAGCUAACAAUUUUUUAAAUAAAAAGUAUAAAAAUAGACAACUAUGAAUUAGUAUGCUAUUUAUAAAUGAAACAUUAGUUAUAAUAUUUGUAAGAAAAUAAAUUGAUCGUUAAAAUUCUAUGAAAUUUGGAACAUAUACAAAUUAAGAUUGAAAAUAAAAUAAAAAUAUAAAUUUGAUGUAACGAUAAGAAAUUAUAAAUGAGUUUAAAUUUGUGUAUAUUUAAACCACGACCUUGCAGAUGUUUGAUUUUAUUUUUGUAAAUAAAUAUUUAUUUUGUCUAAGUGAUAAUAUGUAUUUUAAAAUUUUACCUGUGUUAAAUAAUUAUUUAAUAAAAUUUAUAAGCAUAAUAAUUUUAUAGUUUAUAUUUUUAAAUUUUAUUAUCUUGUAAACCGUCAAUUGUAUUACCACCAUUUUUAGAAUAUGAUCCUUGCAUCUAUUCAAAUGUUUUAUUUUGUUUUUGUUUGUCGAUCAAAAUUUUAUGAAAAUGUCUAAUAAAUUAUUUUAUAUACAUGUUAAGUUUGUAAAUAAUUAUAAUGGUGCAUGUAAUAUAUUUAUAUAGGUAAGAAGAAGAAUUUGUUCAAAAAAUAAGAAGAGUAACGUGAAUUGUGGGAGAGAAUGAGACAAAAAUGUAAUUUAUCUUGUUACAUAAAUAUUUUGUGUAUAUUAUUGAUAUUUAUGAAUGUUUAUAAUAUUAAUAUGAUAGAGAUAAGUUAAAAGAUUUAUAUUUAAUUGAUUGUGAAUUUAAUUUAGGAAAUGUUUUAUUAAUUUUUAAAAAGACAUGGAAAGCAUAAAAUUAGGAGUAAUUAUUACUUCAUUAAUUCUGGAAAAGACAAAAAUUACUUAAAAGUAGGUUCAUUUAAUUAUUUCAAUGGCACUAAGCUGUAAAUAUUGUGCAAGUUUAAGGGUUAAUUUCAAUGUGUACUUCUCUUUUAAUAGAUUAGAUUUGUGUAUAUUUAAACCACGACCUUGCAGAUGUUUGAUUUUAUUUUUGUAAAUAAAUAUUUAUUUUGUCUAAGUGAUAAUAUGUAUUUUAAAAUUUUACCUGUGUUAAAUAAUUAUUUAAUAAAAUUUAUAAGCAUAAUAAGUUUAUAGUUUAUAUUUUUAAAUUUUAUUAUCUUGUAAACCGUCAAUUGUAUUACCACCAUUUUUAGAAUAUGAUCCUUGCAUCUAUUCAAAUGUUUUAUUUUGUUUUUGUUUGUGGAUCAAAAUUUUAUGAAAAUGUCUAAUAAAUUAUUUUAUAUACAUGUUAAGUUUGUAAAUAAUUAUAAUGGUGCAUGUAAUAUAUUUAUAUAGGUAAGAAGAAGAAUUUGUUCAAAAAAUAAGAAGAGUAACGUGAAUUGUGGGAGAGAAUGAGACAAAAAUGUAAUUUAUCUUGUUACAUAAAUAUUUUGUGUAUAUUAUUGAUAUCUAUGAAUGUUUAUAAUAUUAAUAUGAUAGAAAUAAGUUAAAAGAUUUAUAUUUAAUUGAUUGUGAAUUUAAUUUAGGAAAUGUUUUAUUAAUUUUUAAAAAGACAUGGAAAGCAUAAAAUUAGGAGUAAUUAUUACUUCAUUAAUUCUAGAAAAGACAAAAAUUACUUAAAAGUAGGUUCAUUUAAUUAUUUCAAUGGCACUAAGCUGUAAAUAUUGUGCAAGUUUAAGGGUUAAUUUCAAUGUGUACUUCUCUUUUAAUAGAUUAUUAGAUAUUAACACUAAAAUAUAUUUUUUCUCUAUAAAUAUCUAUUAUCUGACAAGAUUGUAGAAAUAUGAUAAUAAUUAAUAUUUUUUAAAUAACUGACAGUAAAUAAUAUAUUAGGUGUUAAUAAAAAGCAAUUAAUAAUAUAAUUAGAAAUAUAAUUUUUCAUAUCAGUUUAUGUAUCAUAUUUUUAUAAUUAUAUAUAUUUUAUCAAUUCAUAUAUGUUACUUUUAUAUAUACAUAUUUAAUUAACAGAUAAAAUAAUAGAAAUUUAAAGUAACUAAUCAUUAAACAUAAUAUGAUAUGAAAUAAAUUUUUAUUUUAAAUGUAAAUUUUAUUGAAAUAUAAAUAAUUUAAAAAAAAAGAUACUUAAACUGGAUAAACAAAACCGCAAAUAAUUAUAUUUAUGGUUUUAUUUUUUAACUAAUGAUUUUAAGUAAAAUAAUAAUAAUAGUGGGGACCAAGUUAUUUCGGUCCUAAAAUAGAAAAAAAAAAUAAGAAGCUCUCUGGCAUUAUCUUUUGUGGAGUGCAGUCACACCACGUGUGUUGUUUUUUCGAGAUACAAAUAAAUCUAAAGUUGCAAUAAUCAAUAAAAUACAGCUAUGAUGACAUGAUUGCGAUAUUUAUAACUGUUAAAUGUUAAGAUGAUAAAAGGUGAAAACAUCGAAAUAAUUCUCAACUUAAAAAUGUAACUUUUUUUUCCAGUAACCGUGGGGUUCCAAAAACUUUCUAAAUCCACGUACUAAUUCCACAAGGCCUUGCUUUUGGGUACACAAUUAAUCUAUUAAUAUAAAAGGAUAAGUGACCAAGAUAAAUCGAAUCCAUGACAAAAACUAUAGUUACAACCUUUUUACCACUAAACCAAAAUACAAAAUGUCAGUUAAAAAACUUUAAUACAUAAACAUUUUAUUUUAACCAUUAAAUUUUAGUUAAACAUGAAUACAUUUCAUAUUUUCGUUGAUCAAGUUAUUUUAGAUUUGUUAAAAAUUAUUCAAUCCGCAGGUAUUUAGCAAUUAAAUUUUAACAAAGCCAUUAGUCAACGAAAAUAUAGAAUUUUAUUGGUUCAGAAUCAAAAGUUGAAAAUAAAAAUAGUUUACCGAAAUUAGCUGUGAAUUUACUGAUAUCAUUACAUGUUUGUAGAUAUAACUGAUUUUCUUAAUUGAUCGGUUCUAUUCUUUUAUUUAAUUUAUUUAAACUUUUAAACAUUAAAAAUUUAUGAUGGGACUACUGAAUAAUAUCAGAAACGGAUUUGUUCUUCAGAAUAUUUGAUAUAUAGUCAUAUUACAUAUUAUCAAAAUCAUAUAUAAUUUAUAUUUGAUAAUUUAUUUUUAGAAACAUAUAAAAUAUCAAAUUUAGGUAAUUUUUUUAAUCUUGAAAUUUUAAUAUGGAACCUUCGAAAUCUAAUACUUUUUUGACCAAGCUAUUUUAGAGCCGCCAAAUUAAAGACAAUCGUUAAACAUUCACUAGCAGACUUAACAAUUAAAUUUCAAUGGAUUUAAAAUACUUUUUUCUGUAAAUGGGGUUUAAAAUAGUUUGGUCAAAAAAAUAUGAAAUUUGUUUUUGUUUAUCUGAAAACCAGGUUUUUUGUCCACGUUUGCAUACAUAAUCAUUGUACAAUUAUUUAUUAAUAUAUGGAUUACUAAUUCAAACACUUUCACGAUAAGUUAUUGUUUAUUAAUAUACAGUUUUUUUUGAAAACUCUCACUUAUUAUAAAUAUUUUGAAAAGUUCUUUAUACUAUAAUGGGUAUUAGUAAAUAAAUCUUUGAAAUCACUCAAUGUUCACUUUUCAACUAUAUAAAAUUAAAAUUUCUAUUUGAUUUCUAUCUAAUUAUGCAUUUUUGUUUAUGAUCAAAAGAUAUUAUUUUCGAUAAAAACAAUAUAUAUAUAUAUAUAUAUAUAUAAUAUUUCUAUUUUUUAAAUACAUUAAAUAUAUUUUUAGGAAUUAUAUUUUUAUUUUAAUAAUAUAGAUUUACUUUUUGGAUAUUUUUUUAUUAUAUCAGUUUUAAUGAAUUAUCUAAUUUAAUAAACUUUAAAUUUGUUUUUAUUUGGAUAAUUUAUUAUAUUAAAUUAUAAUAAAUAAUCUAAUCUUCAUUACGGGUACAACAACAUUAACAAGUCUAUUUUUUUAAGGUGAGAGUUUGAAUACAAAAAAAAAAUACUUUGCAAAUAAUAGUAUAGAUUGGUGAUUAAAAUCAUGCGAUAAAUCUUUCUAGUUUAAACUUUUUUUUGGUAAAAGAAAAUUGUUUCACUUUUUUGCCGGAAUCCAAACAUUGUAAAUAGUCUAUUCCAACAUGAAUUGAAUCCGAGCAAGGGAAGGCUACUAGCACUCCCUUUUUAGCUUAAAUUUGAAAGUUAAGAAUUAGUUUGACAUUUUUCCAUGAUAAAAGUUAUAUAUACAUCUAAUUCAUAUUUUUUUCAACACAUAUAAAUCUAGUGGCAUAUCUAUAAAAUAUUAUUGUUUGAAAAGUUUCUCCAAAAAUGGCAUCUAACAAUAAAAAUUUAUGAAAUAAAAUUAAUUUGACAAAAGACAUUAAACAACUACUCUAACUUCUAACACUAAUCACAAUCCACGCCUUUAAUACUUAAAACCCGAAUCAUAAUCAAUAAAUCUAAACCAAAAUAUAAUAUUUUUUGUUUAUUUUCAAUUAGUGUAUUUCAGAGUUGAAAACAAAAUUAGUGCUAUUUUAGAAAAAAAAGUUCUUUCAUAUGCUAAUUCUUUUAUAAAAGUAUGAGUUAAUUCUAUUUGAGGAUAAUUUAUCUAUAUCAAGACAGAAAUCUAAGCAUUUAUUGUUUUAUGAAUCAGAAAAAUUUGUUUUGUAUGAAUUAGAAAAAUUUGGCCAAACGUGUUGCUUGUAUUGGAGAGAGCGAGAGGAGUUUGGGAUGAUGAGUAUGUAAGCUAAGAAAAUUGAACACAAUUAAAACUCCGUGAAUCAAUACUCAAUAAUUAACAAAUUUUUUGAUUUUGUACUGGAUCGAUAUAAAAUAUGACAUAUUUUGAUAAAAUAAAAAGAUUAUAAUAUUUAGAAAAUAUUAGAUAAAUAUAUGUUUCCACUAAAAUCAAGAAUUAAUAAUACAUAUAUGUUUUUAUAGAAACAUAGAAAAUAUUUUAUUUUUAUUUUUUUCAAAAUGAAUUUAUAUCUCUAUUUUGUUUUUCAAUUCAAUAUUUUGAUGUUAUUUUACUGAAUUACAUAAAAAGUAUAUGCAUUUUUUUUAUCGUCAAAUAUAUGUUUCUAUAAUACAUAUUCAACAUGCAUAAUAAUAUAAUUUAUGAAAUUCAAAUUUAUGAAAUUUAUCUAAUGUAUAAUAUCUGGGAUAUAAGUUUCAUCUUUUUAAUUAAAACUAUUUUUAAAAACUUCAAAAAUUGAUAAAUUUUAUUAAUAAAUUAUCAAAUUUUAACAUUAUUAAGAUAUGGUAACUUUCACACGGGAUUAAAAGCUCUGACUUGAAUGUUGAAGUACAGGUUAGUGUAAAGAAGUUCUUCUUUUUCCAGACGAAAUCUUUGGAGCUAAAAAUGAUGAAGAUAUCUAAUGUGUUUUCUCUGCUACCACACAGAACAAACUCAUCAUUUGAAUAUCCAUUUUAAUUAUCUGUUUGGAAUGUGAAAUAGUGAAACACUACAAGAAAAUGGUGAUAUUGCAACAUAUUUUCUGCAACGUUAUCUUCUCUUGAAAUUUGGUAACAAAUUUUACCAUGUUUUUGCAAUGAUAAAUACAUAUCAACAAUUAAAUACAAAUUCACCGCAAACCAACGAUAAAAAAAAUCAUUACAAAAUUCCGUUACCAGUUUGCAAGUUUUUUACUACUUAUAAAAAAUUUCUUGCAAAUUUCCAAUGAAAACUUCAAAGAAAAUGAGAUGUGGCUUUUUGGAGAAAGGAAAGAAAGUACCAUGUUUUAAUAUGUGACACGUUUAUCACUGUAUUUGCAACAUCUUUAUGUAUUUUAGGAUAUUUAUUUUCAAUUUAAAAGUUAAUAUAUAUCCCCCUUAAAAGAAUUUUUUACAUAUUAUUUCAUCAAUAUAAUUUCGAACCAAAAUUUAUUAAAUUUAUACUGAAUAACGAAAACUUAACUAAGUAAAGUAAACUAGAUUUUCAAUUGUUUAGUUAUACUCAUCUUAUAUUUCAAAUUUCACUAUAUAUUUUUGACAAUUUGUUGAAUUAUAAUUCUAAAAUAUCAUUUUGUUAUACGAUGAAACCAACACGCUAAUAUAUCUUUUUUGUAACUGAUAUAUAUCAUUUUAUUCAUAGUUUGGUGUAUAUCUCCACGCCAGAACUUUUCUAAAAUAGGAUACCAGCAUAUACGUGAACUUAGGGAUAUGAUUCUUGAGCAAUUAAGAUUUUCUCUUUUCUCGGUUCUUUAUAAAUAUGAUUUCUCAGUUUAUUGUCAUACUUGUGGAGAAUUAAGUUUCCAUGUUCUGCUUCCUCUUCAACGAAAGAGAGAUUGUGAAACUAGAAUUACACAUAGCGCAUGCUAGUUAAUUAACGAAGAUUCAGGAUGAAUCCUAGUCGAUGUCCUAGAGGAUGGAGAAAAACGGAGUCAAAGAAUCAAUAUAUAUAUGGGAGCCAAAUCAACAUAUGUUUCCUGUGUUUCCAAUCCAUCAAAAGAAGAAAAUAUAACGAUUAGAAUUGUUUAUUUUUCUUAGAAGCAUGGUUUUUAAUAAUUGUUCAAUAUUGUUGUAACAUUUGAUUAUUUAAUAAAAUUAGUUAUUUGAUUAAUUCAUAUUUUUAUUUUUAUUAUUUUAAAUUUGAAAUAACCAUCACAUUUAGAAUAUUGUGAAAUAGCAAAUAUAAAACAAAUACAAUUUAACAAAGUUGCGUUAGAAUUAUAUUGUCGUAGUAUGUAUUAUGUAUAGCAACAAACUGUGUGAGUUUAGAAUUGCAAAGUAUGUUGUAAAGAUACAACAAAUUUGCAAGACAAAUGUUAUUGCACUAUUACGAUGGAUUUUUUGACACUGUAAAACACUUUCUAUCUUUUGAAUUACUUUCUUAGACACUUCUCACUUGUCCAACACAAUAUGCUUAUCAAAAGACUUCCUUACCCUCAUUUCAGACCAGACCAAGCUUCACCUAACCAAACAUAAGUAACCAUGGUUCCAUCAUUUUUAAUACGAUUUUUAUAUUUUGGACAUAUCCAACCACGUUUUCAUUUAAGGAGAAUUCAAAACACAGAUCUACUUUCACUUUCUCCAGACCAAGAAAAUUCUAAUUUCUUCAUCUCUCUUUCCAACAACUGGAACGUAAAUUAAGUGAACUCAAAAGCUUACUGAAUUGGAUCUGCAGUUUGACGAACAACAAUGGCGAAGAAGAAGUCCAAGUCUUCUCCGGCGAAGGCCAAGAAAAAUUCCAAUGCAUCUUAGGAAUCAGUCUGCAAAAGGUUUCUUUUUUGAUUCUCCGUCGUUCCUCCGCCGACGGAGAAGAAGUCCAAGUCUUCUCUGCCGUUCUUUUGUUUUUAACCUAAUUAGACUAGCUAUUAAUAUUUUUCCAAACCGAAAACUCCAUGAAUUUAUGCUCAGUGAAGCUUUGAUUUAUUUAAAUAUCAAGAUUUCUUUUUGAUGAAGUAAUGUAUGGAAAACACUGGAUUUAGACUUGCUUCAGAUUUGUGAAAAAAAAAAUGGUGUAAAGCACAUGACUAUUUCAGUGGAGCCUUAAAAAUGGCUCCUUCCGUGAGAUUUAAUUUAAAGAUUUAGUGUUCUUCCGUUGAGAUGCUCUUCCGUCCAGAUGUUUGAAUGAAAUAUGUAUGUCCACAUAAACUGUGUCCACAAACUCUAUGUCCUUAGAAUCCUAUAUAAUAUAAUAUAUAUAUAUAUAUAUAUAUAUAUAUAUCUACAAAACAGUAUUUACAAAAUUUUAUAUGAUUGAGAACUCUUCCGACGAACUUUCAUCCAUGGCAUCUUGUAUAAUUCAGAAACAAACUAAGAAAUAUAUGACUUGGAAAAUCUGUAAAUCCUAUACAAAAUCAUGUCCACAAAUUUACGAAGAAAUUUCUGGAAAUGAACCUUGAACACAAAAUUGAUUCUACAAAAUUUUGUUCACAAAACUUUGUCCAUAAAAUCAUGUCCAGGUUUUUUGAAUAUGAAAAAUCAAAACAAAAUUUACCAUAUCCACAAUUUUGCUGUCCACAUUUCUCAAAUAAAAAAAAAAUAUUGUCCAAACUUUUUAUGUUCAAAUAACCUUUUGUAUAAUUGUUAAAAUAAUAUAUAUAUAUAUAUAUAUAUAUAUACCAAAACGGAUGUCUAAAUGUAGAGAAUUAAAAAUCAUAAUUUAUAGUCAUAAAUUUAUUUGAUUUAAAUAUUUUGAAAAGAAAAUAUAGGUAAAACAUAUUAAAGGGUGAAAUAAACAAGAAUAACAAGUAACUAAUAUAGAACUAACUUGGUGUAAGUAUGGAUUCAACGUUUUAGUGUUAGUGUCCAACUUUGAUGUCCAUGUCCACAUUUUUUGUUUAUGUAUUUUUUGUCCAUAUCCACACUUUUUCCGUCCACAUUUUCUAUGUCCAUGUAUUUUUAUAUAAUUUUUAAAAUAUAUAUAAUAUAUAUAUACAAGUGUAUCUUAAAAUAUAGAGAAAAAAAAUUAUAAUUUAUUGUAACAAUUAUAAUUUUUUUAUAGAUCUUAAAAUUUUGAAAAAAGACAAAUAUAUAUAUGUGGAGAAGAAGGAAUAUUUUAUUAUCAAAUCUAUUUUCUCAACCAAAAUUGGUCUUCACCUUUGGAUUGGCUUUCAUCCGACAGCUGUUGUUUGUCACUGCUCUGCAGGAACCAAACGACAACUUCUCCGAGUAAACACAAAACGCAAAGCUGUACGAUACUUGACAACUUGACAAUAUAAAAAUAUUAUCACUAACUCAACCCUGGUCUCGGUUAAGGAAGUGAGGGGCAUAUUGGUCUCAAAUCAGCUCAGAAACAUGAUAAAGUGUCCCUCCAGUCUGUUGUGUCUGAAUGUGUUAAAAAAGAGAAAAAAGUGUCUCAAUAUGUAACUCACUCAGCAAUAAAUCAUUCCAUUGCAAAAUUUGCAAUAUUUUUGCAACAAAGGGAAUUUGCAACAAUCAAUCAGCAACACCGUAUAAUUCAUUACGGUUUCAUUGCAAAUAUACAUUUGCAACAAUAUAUCGACCUAUUGCAAUAUUUAUUAUUUAUUGCAAUAUCAUUAUUUUCUUGUAGUGAAAAUAUAUUUUCUGGUUACUUAUACGUUUUAGGUUGUACCAUGUCACCACACAACUGUUGAGAAUUUGAGUUCCAAGUCGUCCAUUUCCCAUAUGUGACCAACGUCCAAAAAUCGGGUAUCUAAAAUGCAAGUUUUAUGUAAUACAUAUUUUUAGUGGUAGUCCCUGCAGUGUGUGAAUGAUUUGCAUGUGGUAAAGAAGGUCACCGAAGUCAGUCAUGGUCAUGUGAGAAAUAUAUCUGUCCACAAAAAUACACUAUGUCUAAUCAAGCAUGCACAUAUGACAAAAAAAAAAGUAUAGGACAUCUUAGAUUUACAAAAUGAUUUGAACUAAUGUUUUAGCUAUUCCUAUGAGUCCUAAUUGUUAAUGAUUUGUUUAUAACAUAAACAACCAUAUUAUUAUUACCUCUAGAAUCACUUAUAACUAGGAACUAAAAUAUUGGAAACAUCUAUGUUAGAAAGUGAUUCUUAAAAAUAUUACAAGUUGCACGUAGAUCAUAAAUGGCUUGAUCAAAUUUGCGUUUCAUAUAUUUUGCAUGGAUUUAUUAGAGCUAGUAUUGGUUUAAACCGUGCAAAUCCUAAGUGAUUAAUACACGUAAGAGGUAGUUGAUAAAAAAAAUUAUACAAAAUGACGUUUUUAAAAGAAAUAUAAGAUUUAGAUGACUAUGGGCUUGAAGACAGAAAAAAAGAUCAUUUGUGUCAAGAUCUAAACCAAAGAACCAACGUUAUUCUCAUGUGAUCCCCACAUAUGUUCAUUUAGGUCGUCCGCCUGCUAGUAGAGUUGUAUAUAGUAGUAACAAACAUGUUAAAGUUAUACAAAACCAAAAAGUUGUGACAUAAUUGUUUCAUUUCUUUCCAUAUUCGACAAAUAACUAUCCAAUAAAUAAAUUGCUCUAAUAUACACUUCUUAACAUAUAUGGAUGUUUUUAAUAAAAGUCGUCUAAAACUAAAUAAAUUUUAGUGACACAAUUUGUAAAUAAUAUGAAUAAUGUUAAUUUGUAAAUAUACUAAGUAUCCUUUUUAAUAAAUUAAAUAUAUUUUUUAGUAAAUAUAGACUAGUUAAAAUAUUAAUUAAUUACUUGCUAUACUAGUUGACAAAAAACGUGUUAAAAUAAUGAAAAUAAACGGUUUAUAAACUCAUUUCGGUUCUAUUUCGAUUAAGCCGUUUCGGUCCAGUUGUCUCACCUACCCGGCAACCCCUAAGUUUAUAAAUACACAAACCCCUCUCAUUUUCUAAUGCAACACUUGUGUCAAAGAUUUUUUUUGUUCAUACAUCAAUUCAUCGAACAGUUACCCGCCACGAUGAAUCUCUUGAAUGCCGACUAUGACUUAUCCAUGGUCGACGCUUUCUUGAACUCCUCCUCUCCGGGAGAGACUACUCUCAAGGAACGGUUACACGCAGUCGUAAAAGUGACUCACGAGGCCUGGUGUUACGCCAUUUUCUGGAAACCUUCGUACCACGACAUCUCCGGCGAACCGGUGCUUAAAUGGGGCUACGGCGUUUACAAAGGCGAAGACGAGACUGACAAGACUCGGCGGAGGAGGAAGACGAACGCGGAGGAGAAAUUGCAAAGGAAUAAGGUACUCCGGGAACUUAGCUUGACGAUCUCCGGCGUAUCUUUUCCGGUGAAGGACGAAGAUGAUGACGUGGAGCUGACGGAUAUGGAGUGGUUUUAUUUAGUUUCAAUGACGUGUAGCUUUCGCAGUGGAUCCGGUUUAGCGGGUAAGGCGUUUGCUACGUAUAACCCGGUUUGGAUUACCGGGUUAGAUAUGAUUAAUGGCUCAGGCUGUAGUCGGGCUAACCAAGGAGGGGACUUAGGGUUACAAACCAUAGUUUGUAUUCCCUCGGAUAACGGUGUGUUGGAGCUUGGAUCCACGGAGCAGAUCCGAGAGAACACUGGUUUUUUUCGAAAGAUCCGAUUCCUUUUUAAUUUCAAAGGAUACGGAGCUAUGAACUCAAGUAAACCGAGACCAGUUUAUCCACCAAUCCAAAAUAAUAUCAUAUUCUCCACGGCGACUUCCUCCACGUCAACAACAGUUCGUUCGAGUUUCGCGGAAGAUAUUAAACUCGAGGAGUCAGAUCACUCUAACAUCGAUGUCAAAGCCAAGCUGAAGAGAAAACGUCAAAAGAAACCGACACACGGUAGAGAAGAGCCAAUGAACCACGUGGAAGCGGAGCGGUUGAGACGCGAGAAGCUAAACCAACGAUUUUACGCGUUACGAGCGGUUGUGCCAAACAUAACAGGAAUGGACAAGGCGUCAUUACUUGAAGACACUGUUAGGUACAUCAACGAACUGAAGUUGAACGCAGAAAACGCUGAAUCGAAAAAAGAUGCGGUUCAGAUCCAGCUCAAUAAACUUAAUGAAGAGAUCGCAGAGCAGAACGCAGUUUUAGAGUUUGUAGACGCGGGGGAAAAGCAGUGGAGAAUGAUUUGAAGAUAGACGUGAAGGUUAUGGGUCGUGACGCCAUAAUUAAAUUGGAAUCGAGUAAUAUAUAGAAAUCAUUAUGAAUCGAGACUGAUGAAUGCGUUUAUGGAUUUGGAGUUAGAAGUGAACCACCCGAGCAUCUCAGUGAUGAACGAUCUUAUGAUUCAACAAGCGACGGUGAGGGUUUACAAGCAAGAGCAGCUUCGGGACUUGUUGUUGUCAAAGAUUAAUUAGGGUUUACUUUUAUGAUGUUUUGAGAAAUUGUGGGGUUAAAUUGUAAUAAAGAAAAUUGUACUUGGUAUCAUAACUUCUCAGCCGUUUGUUUAGAUUUUGGGCACGUUCCGCUUCGUAAUGAUUAGGUGACAUCCAUAGAUUAACUAGCAAACCUUGCUAUAAAGAAGGAGCUGAUAAACCCUAACCAGUGGUAAAGAAUGGAUUGGUUGUGACCUGGUUGGUGUCAGAGAUUUUUCUUCCGAAUAAUUCUUGGCCCAUCACAAAACGAUAUCAUUUCUCACCAUUUUUUUUUUCCUUUUUCCAAUACAUUUCAUUGUUGCAUAAGUCUGCAGUAAGCAUACAACGCUUAUUAAAAAUUAGAUAUAGAGAUCAUUUAAAAAAAAUUAUGUUCGGGACGAAACACAUAAUAUUUUACUGAAAACUAUAAUGUAAUAUUAAUUUUGUCACAACGGUCACUUAAUCAUUUAAUCUCAAGCCUGUCUAAUACUAGUAAACGUUUUUCAUUAGAGCUAAUAACACUUGGUUAGUUGGUUACAAAGACCAUUUAAUUUAUAUUAGGACAAAGUUAUUCGCUGUGCGUUCUCUGUAGCUAAGCUUUUUAAAAGAGGGAAAUAUAUGUAGAAAAUUUUAUCUUUGUUUUCUAAUUAGUUUAUAGAUUUGAUGUCCUAUUUGAUGUGUCUGUUUGUAAUCAAAAUAUCAUUCAUUUAUAUUUUAAUCUGGUCAUUCCGGUCAUUUGGUUAUAUAACAUGCCCUUGAUAUAUAGAUAUAUGAUAUAUCCAAGUUGCAUUAUUAGAAACACAUGCAAAAGCCUUAUUAUAGAAGAAGCCAAUACACCCCAAAGACAAUGUAAAAAGACUUUUGUAAGACUCUUGGCCUGUGACAGGAGACGGGAUUGGAAAUAUUAUAGGUCCACAACAUAAUAAUUACUUUUCUUUUUCCGAAAUUUUCCAACUACUGAUUAUUUAGAUAGAAUAUUUAUUUUUAUCACGUUUUUUUUAGAGAGAAAUUGAUUUUUGUCACGUUUCCAUUUUAAGUCUGAGAAAGCCCACUUGAAAUAAGGCGAAGUUAGUUAUAAGAUGUAUUCCAAAAACAUAUACUUAUUAUAACGACCGAGCUUAUGUGUAUACUUCGUAUAGUGAACUGAUCGAACAAAUACUACAAUUAUUAAACUAUAUAUUGUGUUCAAUAAAACUCCCUUUUAUUUCUUCUUUGUCACACCUCUAGUUCUCAGGUUCAUGAAAAUCUUGAAGUCCAUAAAAAUAAGAAAAAGAAAAAGCUUUAGUCGGUGACAUGUACUGGCCAGCAGGGCUUAGUAAUUGAGUUGAUCAGACGCAAAUGAUGAUGGGACCACAACGUGCAUCGGCCACCAUGUAUUUUUGGUCCAACUAACUGGUUGAUUUGAAGCUGAUAUUAACGAAUACACCAUACGGCCAAAUAAUCGAGACAUUGCUGCAUCUCUUGUUUUCCGACGCCGCUGUCGGCAUCGCCUCUUCUCAACUCCCUUCAUGCUCUCCUCAAAUAUGUGAGCUCGUGCUUUGUGUUUCUUUUCAUUGUCUCGUAGAUUUUGUUCUUUGGUUUAGUAUAGGCAAUGGAGGGUUUGGAGCGAACUGGUCUUCCUGUUCUUCCGAUUGUGAAACCUUCAUCUGCAAUGGAGGUUCUGGUCUCCUCUAUAUAUCGAGUUCAAGCUUCUGGAUCUGAAACUGUCUCUGGAACUAACCAGAAAAUCAUUGGAAAAUCCAGCGCUUGCUAUCAUUGUCUUCUCUUAUGAAUAACAAACAACUCGUCGUUCCAUCAGACGGUGACAUCUCGUCCUCCUCCACUUAGUCGUAACAAUUCGUAGUAAAAUAAAUAGUUACACCGAAAAAAAUUAAUUAAUAUAAAAAUAAAAAAGCAGGAAAUUUGUAAAAAAAUUAAUGAUUUUUUUUGCCAAUAGGAGUUUGGUGGUCGAUCGAUAAUGCCUAAACCUUUUCGUUCUAGCUGUCGGAGAAGAUCUUUGAUGGUGUACCAAACAUACGGAGCAUUUGAUGGCACCAUAAAAUCAUGAUUAACUCCUUCAACAUGUGUUGGAGCCAGGGGCGAAUCUAGAAUAAUUUUUCAGUGGGUGCAAAAUAGAAAAAAGAACAAAGGGGGAAUCGAACUUGAGACUUGAAGGGGGUGCACAACACUACUAAACCAUCUGAUCUAGCUGGUUUCUUUGUAUUUUUACAUACAAAGCGGUAAAUAUUUAUAAAUUUACGGGUGCACGUGCCACCAUAGUCUUGGCACUGGCUUCGCCCCUGGUUGGAGCUGUCUCCAGUGGCGGAGGAGGAGACAUUUCUAUGGUGGAGGUUUCGUCUAUAAUACUCACUUAGAUUGACUCUCAGGAACGAUUUCAGGUGCAGAUGGGUUACCCAAACUAGAUGCAUCAUAGUAAUCAAUUUCCUAUUAAUUUGUUCCCCAUAUAAGUAUGGUGGAGUGGUUUCCAGUACCUUCACUUUUGACCUAAACAAUGUCUUGUUUCUUUGGUAUGGAUGGAUAAUGGGAAGAAACUACCGAUGAAAAUCAAACCAAUAUGUCUUCCUUCAACUAAAAUGUGUAAAUCAUUCCCAUGCAAUAAGGACAAGAUAACCUCUCAUAGAUUGUCCAUCCUGAUAGCAUCCCCUAUGCAAGAAAGUUACUGAUGGUUCACAGAAGAAUUGAUCGCAUAGUAAGGUUUCUUCUCAAAAACAAUCAUACAAGUGCACCCAUGUUGACCAUAAUUUAUUAAAUUCCUUUAUUGAAGGUUGUAUAAAAAUAUCAAGUGACGGCUUUGGAUGAUUAAGUCCAAGGAUUAAUAUAUUCAUGAAUAUAAAUUUUCUUUUCAUACAUAUCUCUCGUGGAAGGUUUUACAACAUCAAGAUUACUGGCGAGAGCGAGUAUUGUCUUUCGGACAUUCCAAAGGACUAAAUCCAUCUGAGCCAAAGAUAAAUAUUUCAAAUAUUUCUAGCAAAAUCAGGGUGUAUCAAAUUCAAGUGUUUCCACGUUUUUGUAUUUGAAGGAUGAUUGAUCUUGCCAUCCGAGUGACUAUGCAGUCUUCUCAGAUUGACAGAAUCUUUCAGCCUAUCCUUAAUAGGUAAGUUUCAAAGGAAGGAUGAUAUCCUAUUCCGACCACCUCCUUGCGGUUUAUAUAGUGGUUUCUUGCAGAUGCAACAUUCCAACAGCUCUACAUCUUUCCUCCAGUAUACAAUUGUCGAUACACAUAUCUAUCAUCUCCGAAGAUAAGCUAAGAUAAUAACCCAGUUUCUGAAUCUCAUACUAAGAAUCAUCAGAAAAUUUAUCUUUUGGUACAUACUUUUUAAACAACUCCGCUCAUGCAUUCAUAUAAAAUUCAGAUAAAUUACGAUCAGUUUUGACAUUCAUCAUUUUAGCUGCCAAUGAAAAUUUAGAUAAAAAUUUUCUACAAUUUUCAUAAAUCGGUUGAUUCGCAACAUCUAAUAUUUUAUAAAACUUUUUAGCAUCCAAGUUGUGUUCUUUUACAUUAUUUACUUAUGUAGUAAUUGUUGAUGUUGUUUCAAGAAAAUUCAUCUGCAACCAUAUCAUGCAUCAUAUGACUUACCAUAUAUAUGAUCUUCCUGUGUGUAAGUGACAUCUUUUUAUGAAAUGAGAGGAGCAAAAGAGAACUGGAAUAUUAUUUUUUUCGAGAAAGGAAGAUUGCAGUCAGUCCUUUAUAAAACAGAUUGCAGUCGGUUACAAAAAAAAAAAGAUAAAGGAAGAUUGCAUAAUGUUAUUAAAUCGUUAUAUGUAGGGUACUUGCUAUAAUUGCGUGAUUGCAACUGUCUUAACAAGGAAUAGUGGGGACCAAUAUUUACUUUCGGUCCUAAAAUGGAAAAAUUAAAUUUCUGACAUUUCCUUUUGUGGAGUAUAAUCACACAACGUGCGUUGUUACUUGUUAGCUCUCGACAUACAAAUAAAUCUAAAAUUGCAAUAAUGAAUAAACUACAAAUAUGAUGACAUGAUUGUGAAUUUUCUAACCGUUAAAUGUUAAGAUGGUGAAAGUUAUAUAUAAAUCCAAAUCAUGAUUUUGUCAACACAUAUAAAUCUAAAUCAAGACAGCAAUCUGAGCAUCCACUGUUUUAUAUUGCAAUUUUUUUUGACAAAUUUGUCAGAGAUUCCAAGCAUGUUGCUUAUACUGGAGAGAGCGAGAUGAGGUUGUAAUGGUGAGUAUGUUCGUGUGGUUGGAGAAGAAAAUGUCAGUUUACUUAAACUAAACCCUCUGAAAUAAUUCUUAAAACUUGCGUAAGUUUUUUCACAUUUUCAGUUUGUUUUGAAAAUGUAACUUCAACCCAAAAAGUGAUGAAUUGUAUAAUAUUUUAGCAUUCAAACUAGGAUUAAUCUCAUUAAUACCACUAAAAAUUUUAAUCACAAAAUAGCAUGUAUUAAAGGAGAAAAAAACUAAAAUAUCAUCACCAUUAAUAAAUCUAAUAUAUAAUUUUAAUAAAUAAAAGAAAAAUUAUUAAAAGAAAAUAAUUAUUUUCACUCUAUACGAUAACUCUUAAAUCUUAAAUAUUAAUCUUUAAAUUCUAAUUAAUCAUAAACCCUAAAUAUAUACUUGUCUUCACGUUUUUUAUUGAAUAUUUUUGUGGUUUUUAUCUUCAUCUAUGAUUUUUGGAAGUAUAUAACUAAGAUAAGUUUACAUCCAUUAAUUGGGAACUAUGAUAAUGUGUGUGUGUGUUUGAGUGUGUGUGUGUGUGUGUGUGUGUGUGUGUGUGUGUUUGUGUGUGUGUGUGUGUGUGUAUUGAGUGUUGAGUGAGAAGUGUGUGUGUGUGAGUAUUGAGUGUUGAGUGAGAAACAAACAAAAAUUUCUAGCAAAAUUUACAUACAAAGGAAUAAUUGAGUUAAGUUUUAAGAGCUUAUUGGUAGAAUAACCAAAAAGAAAAGAAAAAUAGAUUUCAGAGAGAGAUAGGAAGAGAAAAGAGGAGAGAAAGUGAGAUUUUAGUUAGAUAGUGAAUUAUGUUUUUUUGUUAUUGAGCCAAUUUUCUAAAUUUAGUUUUAAUUGGUAAAAAAAGGAUAUUUCUAAAAAAACAGUUUUAUUUCUCACCAACUUUCAUUAUUAUAAUUUUUGGCAUUUUGGCUUUUUUUUAUUUAUAAUAUUGUUGAAACUAGAGACAUAGAACUUUCCCGCGGAUUAGAAGCUCUGAGGUAAGUGUUGGAAUAUAUGUUAAUUUACAAGAGUUAAUUCUUUUUCUAGAAAAAAAUCUUUGGAGCAAGAAAAAUAACGACAUCUAAUGGCAGGAUGGGAAAUUUGCCCAUAUAAAAAAUCUUUGGAGCUAGAAAAAUAACGACAUCUAAUGGCAGGAUGAAAAAUUUUCCCAUAUAACCAUACAAAAAAAUAUAAAUACAUUAUCUAACCAAAAACAUUUUAUUUCUUCUCAUUUUUCUUCUUAUAUCUUUUUUAUUUAUUACUACAAAUCUAAUUAUCUUUUUUUUGGUUAUUUAGAAAAUAAACCCUGGCAGGAUUGGUUGGUUUUAUGUACUCUUGCUAUCGCAGUUUUCUGGUAUAUUUUUUUGCUUUUUAAUUUUUUCUUGUUUGGAAUGUGAAAGUAGAUUGUCUGACAUAUAAUGAAUGUGAAAAACACUUGAUUAGUUGGGGUUUAAGUGCUAUAACUGUAUGUUUUUAUUUAGUCUGUAGCUUUUAUUACUAUAGUUGUAUGUUUUUUUCUAUAAAACUACAAUUUUAAAGCAUUUUAAUAAUUGCUUUAAAAUAGAGUAAAACAUAAACAAACAAAAAGAAUAAAGCUGUAGAAGUUGUAGUUUUUAUGUGAGAGAAAUUGAUUUAAAAAUAUUAAGUUGACUACCAUUUUUGAAAAAUACAUUCAAUAAAUAAUAUUCUAACAUUUAUAUUUAGGGUUAAGUGAUUAUUGUUUAGGGUUUAGUAUUGAGAAAUUGCAGUUUUCACAUAAUUUUUUUGGUUUUUGAGUUCUCAAAAACUAUUUUCUAUCCAUUCAUAACUUUAUCAAAGUAGAUUUUUUAAUGUUUAGAGAAACGAAUUUUGUUUUGUUUUUUUUGACAAAGAAACUAAUUUUGUUUACAGUUUUAUCAUGUUAUACUUAAAAGUCAAAAUCCAUAUUUUAUUAGUUUUUAUCUACCACAACAGAUUUUUUCAAGGGAAAUAUCUUAUAACAUUCUAAAUUGGUUUCUAUUUUUUUUUUUGAAAUACAUUUAAUCAGAGAUAAUAUAGUAUUAGAUUUAGUGUUUAAUGAUUAUUGUUUAGGAUUUAAUAUUUAUUGGUCCGAGAUAUUUGAAAAGUUAUCAUGGACACGAAAUUGCCUUAGCUCUUGAUUGUUUGGGUUUUGUUUCUUGUUUUGAAUGGUUGUUGGCUCUAUUUAUAUCGUUCUUUGUAUGACAAUCGGUUUAGUUUGGUCUUGUACAUAAAUACUAUUAUAUAUGUUUUUUCAAUAUUAAUUUCUCUGGGCACCAAAAAGAACACUCCGUCCAAUUUGAUUUGAUUUGAUUACACAAAGAAAUGCCUUUGAAUAUUGGGAUUCUAAGACCAUGAAACCGGACGGUUUAUGUUUCGGUUCUCCGAACGGUUAUAAUAAAUUCCGGUUUACUUUGAUUAAACUUUGUUCGGUCCGAAUGCUUUACCUACCGCUACUUAACACCGUACCAUCGUUUAUAAAAGACACAACCCAUAUGACUUCUGAUUUUCUCAUGUAACACUGUUUCUAAUACUUACUUUGUUCAAACAUCAAACACCAUUUAUCUUACCGGCAACAAUGAAUCUCCUGAACUCCGAUGAUGCGUUAUUAAUGAUUAACACUUUAUUGAACUCCUCCGAUUUGUGGCCAUUAGCUCCGGCGAAUCUCAGCCAGCUGCCACUAGCUCCGACGGCGAUUAACUCCUCCUCUGAUUUGUGGCCAUAUGUUCCGGCGAAUUUCGGCCAGAUCCAGUACGAGGAAAGCAACAUUUCAGCCAGCGCCGUAAAACUCGAGGACUCGGCUCACUUUAACAUUGAUGCCAAAACGACGCCGGAAAAGAAACGUGGGAGAAGACCGACGCACGGCAGAGAAGAGCCGAUGAACCACGUGGAAGCCGAGCGGUUGAGACGCGAGAAGCUAAACCAGCGGUUCUACGCGUUACGAGCGCUUCUGCCAAACGUAACGAAAAAAGAAAAGGCGUCGAUACUUGAAGACACGGUUACGUACAUUAACGAACUGAAACUAAACGCGGAAAACGCUGAAACGGAGAAAAACGCGAUUGAGAACCAGCUCAACGAACUCAAGGAAAAGAUAGCAGGAAGGAGAAACGGGAGUUCUAGCGUUUGUAGCGGCGGGGAAAAGACGCCGGAGAUUGAGGUGAAGAUCGACGUGAAGGUUAUGGAUCGUGAUGCGCUGAUUAGACUGGAGUCGAGCAAGAACAACCAUCCUGGAGCGAGACUGAUGAAUGCAUUUAUGGAUUUGGAGGUAGAAGUGAACCACGCGAGCAUCUCGGUGAUGAACGAUCUCAUGAUUCAACAAGUGACGGUGAAGAUGGGGUCGAGGGUUUACAAGCAAGAGCAGCUUCGGGACUUGUUGUUGUCAAAGAUUAAUUAGCGAUUAAUUAUUGGGAUUUGUUGAGGUUUAUGAGGUUCAAAUUGUAAUUAAGCAAUUGUACUUUGUUUGUCUCAUGACUUCCCAGCCGUUUGAUUAGAUUUUGUGUACGUCCCCUUGGUAUUUGGUAAUGAUAUGGAUAUGUAUACGUGGCACUCA